CCCCCCCCCCGGCUGUGUACCGGCUAAGUGGCGCAGAGUGCUCGUGACUGGCGGCGACAUAUCUACAGCGGACACCAUCCGAAUCAGGCAUCACCGAGGCAGCCUGCAUCGGGGUCUUCUGAGCCGGUGCUGUGCGUGUGACGCAGUCAGAGUGCGCGGGCAGUGUGUGACAGUGUGUGCUGGUCGCACUGUGACAGAGCUUCAGCCAUGUCCUACUGCCGGCAGGAGGGAAAGGACAAAAUAAUUUUUGUAACCAAAGAGGACCAUGAAACUCCAAGCAGUGCGGAGCUGAUAGCUGAUGACCCUAAUGACCCCUAUGAAGACCAAGGGUUGAUCCUACCAAAUGGAGACAUUAACUGGAAUUGCCCUUGCCUGGGAGGAAUGGCCAGCGGGCCGUGCGGGGAGCAGUUCAAAGCCGCCUUCUCCUGCUUUCAUUACAGCGAGGAGGAAAUCAAAGGCUCCGACUGCCUGGACCAGUUCCGAGCGAUGCAGGAGUGCAUGCAGAAAUACCCCGACCUUUACCCGCAGGAAGACGAUGAAGAGGCCAACAAAGACAAGCGAGGGCACGAACCGGAGCCGGGAUCCACGGAGCCGGAACCUACAGAGGCUGCACCUGUCGAGGAGAAGGAAUCCAGCUAAUGCAGGGGAGGAGGCAGCCGCCUCCUAGAUCUUUUGACACCACCAUCACCACCUUUCUACGGACUACAGAAUGCAGAUAUGUGCUGCCCCUCUGCCAGCAUGUAUGCACCGUGGUAUAUAGAUAAAGCCCCAGACUGACGGGGAUGAGAGAGGCACGUGACUCCUACUCUGAGACCAUUUCUGAUCACUCGCAUCUUAUCAAUGUAUCCGACUGUCCUGAAAUAAGCUGGGGGGGGGACAAAUCCGUGUAUAGGUUAAUACUCUAUAAAGGUUAGCAUUCUUCUUGGAUGAUCGGUCCUGAAGCGCUUUCUGGUCUUCUGUUCAUUAAAUCGGGUCGCAGCAGGCGGUACCUUGGGUAAAGGGAUUAAUUGCUACUCUUCAUGUUUUCAGAUAAUAUCUCACAGACAUUAUAGAGAAAUGAUGCGCCGCUAAUUGGUAGAUUCCUAGUAUACACUGUACUGUACCUUCUCCUCCGUGCCUACAACCUACAAUUCUACAAUGCUGAUUCUGUUCCCCAAACAUGCACUGAGUCUCCAGCCUGCUCUCACGCUCCGGAUCACAUGCAGAGUGUGUUACUUGAAUAUAUUAAAUACCUUUUUACCUUG